GUGUUUACAAGGUCCGGCGUUUCAAGCGGGAGGGGCGGGGUUAACUCGAUCCUGCUUUGUGGGAGGUUUACCAAAACUGUGCGCUUACAGGUGUCCGGUCCUUUGCACCUCGACUCGGUCGAGCCCCACACCGGGAUUCCCGUUCCCUCUGGUCGGUGACGCCGCUGUGUGACAGCUGCUUGUUUAGGAUCAGGGGGAUUUAGCUUCUUGUCCCUCUCAAGACUCAGACUCGGAGGCCAAACAGCCGCAGGCGAAGAAGGAGGCAGAGAAGGGGAAAAGUAAAGCAGCGGCGGACCCUGCCUCGCCCCAGAACCAGCCGGAGCAGCUCCCAGCUGCAGUCGGACACAGCACCCCGGCCAGGAAAGAACAGAUAACUUGAAGUGACAAUCCAGGCGAGGACAUUCACGCAAUAAAAUGGCAACAGAAGAGUUUUUAUCUGGUCUUUCRAAGCGUUUUCAUCUGAGUGCAACAAUUCCUCGCCGUUUUAAGAUAGUUAGAAACCGCCGGCAGACCAUCUGCUGUUACUGCGACAUGAAAGAGAGACGGAAAAAGGACACAAAACUCCAAACUUGGAAGGAGCAGCAGGAGGAGGACCAGGAAUCCCACAGGUCAUCCACAAGUCGUCUCUCCAGGUCUCCCCUGAGGGGCGUGAAGAAGGUGAAGAUGAUGCAGUGCAAGAUCGCUCUGCUGGACGGCUCCGACUACUCCGUCAACGUGGAGAAACGAGCCAAAGGCCAAGUGCUCUUUGAUAAGGUGUGUGAACACCUGAACCUGCUGGAGAAGGACUACUUUGGCAUCACAUACAGAGACAUAGAGAGUCAGAAGAAUUGGUUGGACCCUUCCAAAGAGCUUAAGAAGCAGAUCCGGAACGGACCCUGGAACUUUUCUUUUAACGUCAAGUUUUACCCGCCGGACCCGUCGCAACUGAGAGAGGACUUAACAAGGUACUACCUGUGYUUGCAGCUGAGGGAUGAUGUUGUUUCGGGUCGCCUGCCUUGUUCCUUUGCCACCCACACACUUCUGGGCUCCUACACGGUGCAGUCUGAACUCGGAGACUACGACCUGGACGAGCUGGGCAGCGACUACAUCAGCGAAAUCCGCUUUGCGCCCAACCAGACUAAAGAGCUGGAGGAGAAGGUCAUGGAGCUCCACAAGACCUACAAGGGGAUGACACCRGCUGAAGCCGAAAUCCACUUCCUGGAAAAUGCCAAAAAGCUGUCGAUGUACGGGGUCGACCUCCAUCAUGCUAAGUUGGUAGGGAAUCUCUAUGAGAGCUUGGCUCCAGCUGWGGGAGAGGACUCUGAGGGCGUAGAGAUCAUGCUGGGAGUUUGUGCGAGCGGCCUCCUCAUCUACAGAGACCGGCUGCGGAUCAACAGGUUCGCAUGGCCCAAAAUCCUCAAGAUCUCCUACAAGAGGAACAACUUUUACAUCAAAAUCCGACCCGGCGAGUUUGAGCAGUUUGAAAGUACGAUUGGUUUCAAGCUCCCAAACCAUCGCGCUGCCAAAAGGCUAUGGAAGGUCUGCGUGGAGCACCACACCUUCUUCAGGCUCGUGUCUCCUGAGGCGCCGCCGAAGAAGUUCCUCAGCCUCGGCUCCAAGUUUCGCUACAGCGGCAGAACCCAGGCCCAGACACGGAGAGCCAGCGCGCAGAUCGCCAGGCCGGCACCGCUGUUUGAGCGCUCCUCCAGCAAACGCUACAACAUGUCCCGCAGCUUAGACGGAGCUCCCAUCACGGAGAACCAUGAGACUCCCUUGAAGGGCAGCGCCGCAGACGGGGCGCCCAAAGUCAUCGCCAAGGAGGACAUCAUCACCACGGUAACGACAGAGAAGAAGGCGGAGGAGGAGAAUGCGGAGCAGGAGGAUGCGCAGGAAGUUGCCGCGGAGACCGCCUCCACGACGCCGCUCAGACACGACACGAAGCUCCCCCUCCCUGCGUACGCCAGCGACCCGCUGCGCUCCGAACUCUCCCUCCCAUCAUCCCCCAUCUCCUCGACCAAAGUGCGGCGGCGGCGCAGGGAGAGCGGCCGUAAGCGGGCGUCGUCAGUCAGCCCGGCCAAGAGCGGCGGCGGCUGCCGGCGGCGGCAGGCCCACGCCGACCGCAAGGCCGCCCUGCUGGAGGAGCAGGCGCUGCUGCUGUCUGCCCGCAAGCAGCGCCUGGAGCGGGGUGGGCGGCGGGGCGCCGGCGGCACGCUCUUCUCCUUCUCCCUGCACCUGCCCGACCUGUCCUCCGUCCUGGACGAGGACGGCUACAUCACCUUCCCCGAUCUGUCCGAGAUGCGCUUCGUCCCGGAGUGCGCGCAGAACUUCCUCCCCAUCAAGUCGCCGUCCCUCAUCCCCUGCUUCCUCUUCAUUUUCUUCUUCCUGCUCACCACUUCCUUCUCAGUCCCCUACGCCCUCACCCUGUCCUUCCCGCUGGCGCUCUGCCUCUGCUACCUGGAGCCCAAGGCAGCCUCCCUGACCGCCUCCAUAGCCCAGGGCUACCAUGACCAUGACAGUUCAGAGGAAGAGGAGACCGACAGCGAACGUACGGACUUUGCCUGUGAUGGAGAGAUGACCGCCACAGAGUCGGAAGCCGAUGAAGACUCCGAGAUGCGGACUCAGGACUCCGAGCCUCCGCCCGAGGUGGUCAAGCACCAGACCAACAUCAGCGAGCUGAAGCGCUCCUUCCUGGAGACCGGUAGCAAUGGCGGCGGCAGCGCUCCAGGUCUGACGGAGUGGGAGAAGAGGCUGUCGUCGUCGCCUCUGCGCUCGCCCAGAUCGGACGAAGCCCCGAUGAUUGAGCCGCUGGAGCUGCAGGACGCGAAAGAUGAGCAGACGCAGCAGGAGGCGGGACCUAUAGACACUGUGGCGGCGGCGGGAUUUCUGGUGAAAUACGUGGCGGAUAGCGUCGUGACAGACGGGGCCACCUCCUCGGGGCCCCACGGCAUUAGCCUGUCCACCACCAUGGACGACGACGUCUUCGUGGACGGGACCCUGAGGGAGGAGGCGGGGGGCAAAACCCCAGACUCCCAAGAGGAAGAGGCAUCGGACAAGUCAGCGACGAAGGUCAGCCCUGGAGCUGUGAGACAGGAAGUGUCGCAGGCCAUCAGCGACAAGAAAGGCACGCUCAUCAUCUUUAAGCAGGCGGAGAACAAAGAAGAUGAAGAAAUGAGCGAAAAAGAAGGACUGGCGGAAACCGACGGCAACGAGGAGCAGAAACGCCAAGCUUCGCGAAAAGCUGAGAUUAAAAAUGGCGACGUGAGUCAGACUAGAGGCGUUGACUCGCCGAAGAAAGCGAUGGCGUCAUGGAUUUCUGAGGAGAAGGUGGAGAGUUCAGAGGUCGUCGGCGUAUUUGCGAAGGAAGUGGAAGAGCUGAAGACUUUGGAUGAGCUGCAGCAGAAAGCCGAAGGAAUCCAGCCGAAGUCGAGUCCGACUCACGUUACGGUUUCUGCGUCCUUAGCUGUGUCUGCGCCUGGAUGGGUUUCUCCCUCUCACAAGGCAUCAGCUGACCAGGAGAAGGCGGUAGUCGUUACUGAAAACGAAGCCGAGUCCCCAAAACCAAAGGCUCCUGACGGAGUGGAUGUCGCUGCCAAAGACGUGCCUGUGGUCCACACAGAGACAAAAACCAUCACCUACGAGUCCGCCGAGGUUGACACGAAUGGAGACGCAGACCCCGGGGUGCUGCUGAGCGCUCAGACCAUCACCUCGGAAACCACCAGCACCACCACAACCACACACAUCACAAAGACGGUGAAAGGAGGAAUCUCAGAGACUCGAAUUGAGAAGCGGAUCGUCAUCACCGGAGAUGCAGACAUUGACCACGACGAGGCUCUGGCUCAGGCCAUAAAGGAAGCCAAAGAGCAGCACCCUGACAUGUCAGUGACCAAAGUAGUGGUGCAUAAAGAGACAGAGAUCACGCCAGAGGAGGGGGAGGACUGACCCAGGUAAGACCGACCCGGACCCGGUCCCGUUCCCCAGCCUGCCGGGUUUUCAUGUGGUUUGGAUCGGCCUGCUUCUGUCGCGCUCGCAGCUUGUUGCAUCGCCUUGUUGGGCUGCUGGUGUUUGUUCUCACUCAGGCUGGAUCACACAGCCUCUGCUUGCAUUAACAAGGCUUUAAAGGGGAUCUUUCAUGCAAAAUUCAUAUUUUGCAUGUUUUUUGUAUUUCCAUUUGGGUUUCUGCUGCUUCUAAAAACAGCCCAA